AUGGAGCAUAUUCAAUCGACCAUCAAUGAUAUUAUCAACGAGAUCAAGGAUACCAAUAGGAUGACCAACUUGGAGAAGCCUCAGUCCAACGAUCACAUGAACAAUAAUGAGGUGGACAUGUCCCAGUUGGUCCAAUCAAUCAUGUCAUGUACAUCGGUCCAACAGUUUAUCAACAACAAUACCAAUGCAUUGGAUGUCAAUGACAUGACUGCCAAGAUGAGUAGCUCGACACUAAGUGAUGUUGACGUGCUGUCCAUGAUCAGUCGACACACUGAUCACACCCGCGAGGUACCUUAUGACGUUGAUCUUCAAGUGCGUCGCAUCGAUACAGACAUGGCCAAGCUCACGGACAUCAAGAGGCAGAUCGAGGAAUGCUUUAAACUCACUAUCGUGUCGUCCACCGAACUUGGUCAAGGCCCCGGCGAGUUUGAUGGCUGCAUCAUGUCCGUGAGACUGGACGGCUGCUCAUACUUGGAACUGGACGGUGCCAAGUGGACACAAAUGAAUGGAGCAUUCGAGAGGCAACUUAGAGGCGUGUCAACGUCCGUGGUGUAUGCACGUGGCAGUGUCUACGUGUUUGGUGGACUGGACGCCCCAACCAAAUACACUCGCUACGCAUUGGAGAACAAAAAGUGCAUUCAUGGAGACAUCACUGGCAUCAAUGGUGGCGAGGGCAUCGCGGCUUGUUAUGAUGGCGACAAGCUUAUCUACCUUGUCGGUGGCUAUGAUGAGACCACCGACCGAUACUUCAAUCGAGUGGACACCUUCAACAUUGAGACACAGCUGUUCCAGUGCGUUGGACACCUGCCAGUUAAACAUGUGUUCAUGGCACAAGCAUACUUCCACAAUGACCACCUCUUGGUCGUUGGCUCUGACAUUGGAGUGGUCUCGUUGAAUCCACAGACAGAGGUCUUUAGCCAGCUGGUCCCGCCACCCUCCAAGCCAUACUUUGCCAGCUGCUUCGAUGGCGAAGACAACAUCUACAUACUAAGCCAUAGUCUGUUCACGAGGUACACGUUGUCAAGCAACAAGUCAACAUCGCUGGCCAAGCUCAAUGCAACAAGUGUAUCGGCAAUUGCACCAUGUUAUCCUAUGCAUUAUGUGGAAUCAUAUGGAAUCAUAUACCUUGGUGGCAGGGGUAGGAACCAUCGAUAUGCAUUGAAUGAAGGAAAAUGGAUAAUGCUCAACGACAAUGAUCAUGUACAAGACCGUGAUUGCUUUGGUACAUGUUUGAUUAGCAAACAAAGACGUCGUUUGGGCAAGGGCAAGGGCAAGGGCAAGGGCAAGGGUUAG